AGGACAAGGAACCUCUCAAACAUGGAUCAACGAUGGACCCAACAAAAUGGCUGGAUCGACUCGCCGCAAUCUUCAGAUACACAAACCCUCUAGUUACCAAUGGCCAGGUUCAUCCCUGUCAACAAGUUAUUCAGGAAAUCUGGCCGGUGUUGUCGCAGGCGUGCAGCAAGUACCAGGCUGACGUGCGCAUCGUGGAGCGAUGCUGUCGGUGUAUACGAUUCGCUGUCCGCUGUCUUGGGAAAAGCUCCGCCACUUUAUUAACUCCACUAGUAACACAGAUGGUCAGUCUGUACCAGACACACCAGCACUCGUGUUUCCUGUAUCUGGGAAGUAUUCUUGUGGACGAGUACGGCACGGAACAGGCCUGUAUUCCUGGGCUACUGGACAUGUUGCAGGCAUUUUGUGGUCCAACAUUCAAGAUCCUAGAAGAACACAACGGUCUGAGAAAUCACCCAGACACCGUCGAUGAUCUGUUUCGACUGUCGUUAAGGUUUAUCCAGCGGUCGACCCUGGCAUUUCUGCAGAGUAACAUGGCUAAACCACUCCUGUGUUGUGCCAUCGCGGCUUGUUCACUUGACCAUAAGGACGCCAACGCCUCCGUAAUGAAGUUUCUAACAGACUUCAUUAAAUGUGCACAUGAGAAAGAGGAUCGUGAAGACUUUCAACUGAGGAAGACCCAGGUGAUCGGUCUGCUCAACGAGCACGGUCAGCAGCUGGUUCACGCGUCAGUGAACGCGUGUAUCUUCUGUCUACCGUCCUACAUGAUCCCUGACGUCGCCGACGUCCUCUACGAACUCAUGCUCAUAGACAGGCCGACGUUCUGUGUGUGGCUGGAGACAACUCUGAAGGCUCUACCGACAGAGAGUAGCGGUGGCGCGGUGACCGCGACUCACAAACAGCUGACCGAUGUCCACAAGACAAUCACAAGUGCUGAAGAAAUGAAGACCGUGUCGCACGCUCUUCGAGAGUUCUCCCGCCUGUACAGAUAAAAUUACCUCUGUGAUAUCGCCGUCGCCCACGUCAAGUGCUCUGCUUCGUCAUGCCGUACUGGUAGAUAGCCGCAUCGCAAGUCACCGCACACAGAUUCAACUCUGGCUUACAAACUGAUCAAAACUCCCAUCACAGUCAGCAGGAAUUGUGUGGUGGUCCAAGUCUGGAAAUCAUCUAGAUAAGUGUGUGUGUGGUUGUCUGGGUCUGUGAUAGGGAACAAGAGGGGUGUUUGUGUCUGGGUGUGUGACAGUGAA